GCUUAACUGCUGCUUCUCCCACAAAACUUCGCUUUCUCACUCUCUCUGUCUCUGUCUGUCCGUCUCUCUCUCUAGAUUUAAGCUGAAACUGCAAGAAAGAGAUCUCUGGAACUUGUUAGCGAAGUAAGGAAGUCUCGGGAGAGCAAGCAUUCUAGGGUUUUUACAUUUUAUUGAUAGCAGCACGUGCUCUUCUUUUCUCUUAUAUAUUCAAAAUUAUCUGGAUUUCGUGCUCCUUUACGCGUUUGAUGUGCGGAAAUCUUAGCUGAGAGCUAAUGCGGUUAACGAAUCACGCUCUCGUCAAGAUAUUAACUUGAAUUUCAUUUAAAAGUUUUGUUCAUAUUUUUUUGAAUGUUCAGUUCUUCGCUGGUGGUGUGUUUGUUGGGGAACUCACAGUUUGUCAAUGUUGAAUAUGUUUGGUGUGAAAUAGAAAAUGCACGUGGUACAGUGAGCGGAACUUGAUUUCUAUAUAGUUUUCUUCUUUUUUUUAAUGUCUUUCUUGGUGAAGAGAAAAUAUCCAUUUUGGAUAUAGUGUGAAAAUGCCGAGAGAGAAAUUGAGGGGAAUACUGUUCAGGAAGUUAUUCAGUUUAGGAGUGUGCUUUCGGCAUUCAUCAGGAGAAGAUCAUGCUCGAAUUGGUCAGAAAGGCUACUCGAGGGUGGUAUAUUGUAAUGAUCCAGACAACCCUGAAUCUAUUCAGCUCAACUAUAGGGGAAAUUAUGUAUCCACAACGAAAUAUACGGCAGCUAAUUUUAUUCCCAAGUCUCUGUCUGAGCAGUUUAGGAGGGUUGCCAACAUAUAUUUUCUUGUUGUAGCCUGUGUCUCGUUUAGCCCACUGGCGCCCUAUUCUGCACCUAGUAUUCUUGUUCCUUUGAUUGUGGUGAUUGGAGCUACCAUGGCCAAGGAAGGCGUGGAAGAUUGGAGAAGAAGAAAACAGGACAUAGAGGCCAAUAAUCGAAAGGUUAUGGUGUACAGAAAUUAUACCUUCACUGAGACAAAAUGGAAGAACGUCAGAGUUGGUGACCUUGUCAAGGUGUAUAAGAAUGAAUAUUUUCCUGCCGACCUGCUUCUGCUCUCAUCAAACUAUGAGGAUGGGGUUUGUUAUGUUGAGACGAUGAAUCUUGAUGGAGAAACCAACCUAAAAUUGAAGCAUUCCUUAGAGGAGACAGCGGUUCUACGUGAUGAAGAUCAUUUCAGAGAUUUAAAGCGUUAG